AUGGAGGGGAGAGAGGACGGAGCGAUGCCUUGGGACAUUUCAAAGGGAAGUCGCGUCGGUCGCUCAGUUCAGUUCAGUGUCUUGGCAGACGCGACCCUUCUGAAAUUUCCGCUGUACCGUAGCGAUAUCCAGAACGAGCCGCCGCCACUUUACCAACCACUAUCAACGUCCCGUGAAACAACCCACCAUCAACGAGACCGACAAACAAACAUGCCUGUAACUGCUCUCCGCGCUGUGUCAAAGGCGCAAAAUGGUGUCGGCGCAUUCGUACUCCAGUGCAAGCGCCUGGACUUCCACUACUGCGAUUGGGCGGGGGCCUCGAGAGGCAUGAAGUCAUUUAUAGCUCACAAGCUUGCAGAUUUUGCAAAGGCAAACCCCCAGAUUGAGAUUACGGUGUCACCUAGACCCAACCAGCACCCCAUAAUAAGAGGCAGCUACAUCAAUGGCCGAGAGAAGGUUAUCUGCGUGCGAAAACUCGACCAUCUACAAAUCCUUCAGAAAGCCGAACUGCUACGCAACUCCUCUGGCCAGAAACUCAAGAAGUUCAGCAAGCCCGUGAAGUCUAUGAACGAGGGUGUUAGAGGAAUCUUUUCGCCGUACCACGGAGAGAAGCACGUUAUAUAA